GGCGGGCGGGCGGCUCACCGGCGGAGGGCCGUGCUGUCCGCCGCUGCACCGCGCUGCCCGUGCUUGGGAAUGGAGCCGAAUCGAAAGAGCCUUAACCGACCCCUUUGAGCCCCGGCACCGCCUCCAUUGAGACCCUGAGAGGGGAGGGGAGUUGCCGAGGUCACACAGCUGGGCAGGGGGAGGGCUGGAACUGAACUCCAUCGUCUACACAAUCUAACAUGCUCCAGCUCAUUGUGGAGUUUGCGCCAGAGUCCGGAGUGAGAUGGUCCUGGGCAUGUCCCUGCCUCUGGAACUGACUGUGUGACAUUUGUGAAUGGGUCCCAGCAGGGUUUUACUCUGUUGCCCAGAAUUGAUGCUCCUUUGGCUAAGUUUGUAAUGUACGCCUUGAAAGAAGGCUACCUGGGAGAGUAUGGCUGGAGUCCAGAAGCUGCCUCCCCCCAUCACCACGCGUUCGCAGCGAGUAGUUUCGGUAAAUCAGGCACUAGUCUGAUGAGAGCCCAGAGGACGUCUCUAGGAAAGGGCCAACUUCUCAAUGUUCUUCUGUUCUCAUGCCUUAUCAAUGAGCCUUUUUUCCACCAGACAGCAUCAUGGCAGAGCAGGUGGCCCUGAGCCGGACGCAGGUGUGCGGGAUCCUGCGGGAAGAGCUGUACCAAGGCGAUGACUUCCACCAAUCAGAUACACACAUAUUCAUCAUCAUGGGCGCAUCGGGCGACCUGGCCAAGAAGAAGAUCUACCCCACCAUCUGGUGGCUGUUCCGGGAUGGCCUUCUCCCCGAGGACACCUUCAUCGUGGGCUAUGCCCGCUCCCGCCUCACGGUGGCUGACAUCCGCAAGCAGAGUGAGCCUUUCUUCAGAGCCACCCCAGAGGAGAAGUCCAAGCUGGAGGAGUUCUUUGCCCGCAACUCGUACGUGGCUGGCCAGUACGACGAUGCAGCCUCCUAUCAGCGCCUUAACAGCCACAUGAACACCCUUCACCAGGGGUCGCAGGCCAACCACCUCUUCUACCUGGCCUUGCCUCCCACCGUCUAUGAGGCUGUCACCAAGAACAUCCACGAGAACUGCAUGAGCCAGAUAGGUUGGAACCGCAUCAUCGUGGAGAAGCCCUUCGGGAGGGACCUGCAGAGCUCUGACCAGCUGUCCAACCACAUCUCCUCCCUGUUUCGUGAGGACCAGAUCUACCGCAUCGACCACUACCUGGGCAAAGAGAUGGUCCAGAACCUUAUGGUGCUGAGAUUUGCUAAUAGGAUCUUUGGCCCUAUCUGGAACCGGGACAACAUUGCCUGUGUGAUCCUCACCUUCAAGGAGCCCUUCGGCACUGAGGGCCGCGGGGGCUACUUCGAUGAAUUUGGUAUCAUCCGGGACGUGAUGCAGAACCACCUCCUGCAGAUGCUCUGUCUGGUGGCCAUGGAGAAGCCCGCCUCCACCAACUCGGACGACGUCCGUGAUGAGAAGGUCAAGGUGUUGAAAUGUAUCUCAGAGGUGCAGGCCAACAACGUGGUCCUGGGCCAGUACGUGGGGAACCCCAACGGGAAGGGCGAGGCCACCAAAGGGUACUUGGAUGACCCCACAGUGCCCCACGGGUCCACCACUGCCACCUUUGCGGCUGUCGUCCUCUAUGUGGAAAACGAGAGGUGGGAUGGGGUGCCCUUCAUCCUGCGCUGUGGCAAAGCCCUGAAUGAGCGCAAGGCCGAGGUGCGGCUGCAGUUCCACGACGUGGCUGGUGACAUCUUCCAGCAGCAGUGCAAGCGCAACGAGCUGGUGAUCCGUGUGCAGCCUAACGAGGCAGUGUACACCAAGAUGAUGACCAAGAAGCCUGGCAUGUUCUUCAACCCCGAGGAGUCAGAGCUGGACCUGACCUACGGCAACAGAUACAAGAACGUGAAGCUCCCUGAUGCGUACGAGCGCCUCAUCCUGGACGUGUUCUGCGGGAGCCAGAUGCACUUCGUGCGCAGCGAUGAGCUCCGGGAGGCCUGGCGGAUCUUCACGCCGCUGCUGCACAGGAUCGAGCACGAGAAGCCCCAGCCCAUCCCCUACGUGUACGGCAGCCGAGGCCCCACGGAGGCAGACGAGCUGAUGAAGAGAGUGGGCUUCCAGUACGAGGGCACCUACAAGUGGGUGAACCCGCACAAGCUCUGAGCCCUGGGCCCGCCCGUCCGCGCCCAGCCGCCCUGUCUGCACCCCUUCCCCCUUCCCACCACCCGACCCCACGUCAGGAGGACUGCGGGACCAUGGGCCUCAGCCGCACAUUCCUGGCCCCAGGCUCAGGCCACCCCCACCUGCCCCUUGCUGCUACUGCUGCUGCUGCUGCUGCUGCCGCCGCUGCCUAAGCCCAGCUACAUUCCUUAGCCACCGAGCAUUCAAGACUGGCACUGUGACCAUUCCGGGCCCCCAAAGACCCUGCCUGAGCCACCCUCCUCCGCUCACUCCAGCCACACAGAAGGAAGGAGAAGAUGGCCUCGGGCCGCAGCGAGGGGCGAUGGGGAGGGCCUGGGCCUCCACGGGGCAGUGGCCGAACCACACUCCCUGUUGGUUGUGGGCAAGCUCCUCGGAACUCUGGGGGAAGGGGGCAAGCACGGCCACGCCAGCCUCAGUGCCACUUGACAUUCCUGGUCACCAGCUGGAAGGGACCUCGUGCUGCCCAGCAUCUCGAGCCCCCUGGAUAGCCCGUCCCACCAACUCUGCACUGGAUGGCCACCCCCCUGCAACACCCGCAGGCAGCCUCCUCGCUACAGAAAAAGCAGAAGCAGCAGCCGGGACCCCCCCACCUUAACCCCCUGCCAUUAAAUCCACAAUUGGACCCA